AUGCUUGUUCACCUCAAUAUGUUGGGCUUCACUCUUCGCCUUGGCUGCUCCCUAUUUUGGAUAACCAAGAAGACCCAGCAAACGAUCAAACACCGGCUUGCUUUAGCACUGAAGGCUUCAAACCAUCAGCAUGGCGGAAACCAGACACAGUUGAAUCUCAGUAAACCUCUCGAAGAAAAAGAAUCCGAAAACAGCAGUCACAAGCUCAUACAUGCCAUCAUUCUUCCCAAUUUUGGCGAAGAUGUUGACGUUCUUCGAGCUACACUUAAGGUCCUGGCGAGCCAUCCCAGAGCCCAGUCACAAUAUGAGGUUACUCUUUCUCUAUCCCAGACCGUUACGAGGAGUCCUGACAAUAGCUAG